AGCACCACCAGCAGCAGCAUCCUCGCCCUCCGCCGCCCGCGCUCCCUGCCUGCUUGCGAGGCGCCGCGCUGGGCUGCCGGAGAGACCAUGGCCGACCCGACGGCGGCCGCCGCCGCGGCGUCGCCCCCCGCCGAGCCGGAGGGCGAGGAGGGCCACGUCCGUUUCGCCCGCAAAGGCGCGCUCCGGCAGAAGAACGUGCACGAGGUCAAGAACCACAAGUUCACCGCCCGCUUCUUCAAGCAGCCCACCUUCUGCAGCCACUGCACCGACUUCAUCUGGGGAUUUGGAAAGCAAGGGUUCCAGUGUCAGGUCUGUUGCUUUGUCGUCCACAAGAGGUGCCAUGAGUUUGUUACCUUCUCCUGCCCAGGUGCAGACAAGGGACCCGCUUCUGAUGACCCACGGAGCAAACACAAGUUCAAAAUCCAUACGUAUUCCAGCCCCACCUUCUGCGACCACUGUGGAUCCUUGCUGUAUGGGCUGAUCCACCAGGGGAUGAAAUGUGACACCUGCAUGAUGAACGUCCACAAGCGCUGCGUGAUGAACGUCCCGAGCCUGUGCGGGACGGACCAUACCGAGCGGCGGGGCCGGAUACACAUCAAGGCAGACAUCGAAAACGAGGUCCUCACGGUGGUCGUACGAGAUGCUAAGAAUCUAGUUCCUAUGGAUCCCAAUGGCUUGUCAGACCCGUAUGUGAAACUCAAGCUUAUACCUGACCCAAAAAGUGAGAGCAAACAGAAGACAAAAACCAUCAAAUGUUCGUUGAACCCUGAGUGGAAUGAGACGUUUAAAUUCCAGCUGAAGGAGUCUGACAAGGACAGGAGGCUGUCUGUGGAGAUUUGGGACUGGGACCUGACCAGCAGGAACGACUUCAUGGGGUCGCUCUCCUUCGGAAUCUCGGAGCUGCAGAAAGCCGGUGUGGAUGGCUGGUUCAAGCUGCUGAGCCAGGAGGAGGGCGAGUACUUCAACGUCCCGGUUCCACCCGAGGGAGAGGAGGGCAACGAAGAGCUCAGGCAGAAGUUCGAGAGAGCAAGGAUUGGCCCCGGAUCAAAGGCGGUGGAGGAGAAGCCGUCCAACGCAGUCUCCAAGUUCGACAACAACGGGAACCGGGACCGCAUGAAGCUGUCUGACUUCAACUUCCUGAUGGUGCUGGGCAAAGGCAGCUUCGGGAAGGUGAUGCUUUCCGAGCGGAAGGGCACUGACGAACUGUACGCUGUGAAGAUCCUGAAGAAGGACGUGGUCAUUCAGGAUGAUGACGUGGAGUGCACCAUGGUGGAGAAGCGAGUCCUCGCCCUGGCCGGGAAGCCGCCGUUCCUCACACAGCUCCACUCUUGCUUCCAGACCAUGGACCGGCUGUAUUUCGUAAUGGAGUAUGUGAACGGUGGCGAUCUCAUGUAUCAAAUCCAGCAGGUCGGGAGGUUCAAGGAGCCGCAUGCUGUGUUUUAUGCAGCUGAGAUAGCCUUUGGGCUCUUCUUCUUGCACAGCAAAGGAAUCAUUUAUCGAGACCUGAAGCUCGACAAUGUGAUGCUGGACUCCGAGGGACACAUCAAGAUUGCUGAUUUUGGCAUGUGCAAAGAGAACAUCUGGGACGGGGUCACCACCAAGACCUUCUGCGGCACUCCGGACUACAUUGCGCCCGAGAUCAUCGCUUACCAGCCGUAUGGGAAGUCAGUGGACUGGUGGGCCUUUGGCGUCCUGCUGUACGAAAUGCUGGCUGGACAGGCACCGUUCGAGGGGGAGGAUGAGGAUGAGCUCUUCCAGUCCAUCAUGGAGCACAACGUGGCCUAUCCCAAGUCCAUGUCAAAGGAAGCCGUGGCGAUCUGCAAGGGGCUCAUGACCAAGCAUCCGGCGAAGCGCUUGGGGUGCGGCCCCGAGGGAGAGCGGGACAUCAAGGAGCACGCCUUCUUCCGCUACAUCGACUGGGACAAGCUCGAACGGAAGGAGAUCCAGCCCCCCUUCAAGCCAAAAGCUAAAGACAAGCACGACACUUCCAACUUCGAUAAAGAGUUCACGAGGCAGCCCGUGGAGCUCACGCCCACAGACAAACUCUUCAUCAUGAACUUGGACCAGAAUGAGUUUGCAGGAUUCUCCUACACUAACCCCGAGUUUGUCAUUAGCGUUUAGGCAACCUGGCCGACCCUCCUGCCUUUGUGCCCCCAGGUCUGAACUCCACGUGGCCUCGUGCAUGUGGGCGCUGGUCUUCCGGGGCUCAUGGCGCAUAUGUUCAGACACACCCAUUCCCUCACAGGAGAACGUGUUGCUUGACGUAGCUGGUUUCCCCAUUUGUGCACACUACACACACACGUGGCCAGAGAAGGGGCAUUUCAGGAAUGUCCAACCAGCACCUCCCCGUGGAGUUUUGAUUAAAUAUGUCAGCAGUCUGGCCUCAAGAUAUCAGAUUUGUAUUCGUAUUUUCAAACUUCUCUGAAACCGAAAUGCAAUGUUUCUUGUCUUGGGAUGCUAAGCAUGGUUUGCAUCUUCAACAGUUGUGCCGCAGCUUUUGUAAUGAAUGUGACUGUUUUACAAGCUUACUUUUUCUGGUCAAGGCAGAAUUAUACCCAGUGUGUGAAUAAACUUGCUUUGUAGAUUCAA